UUUCUUAACUCAAUCCCUCUGUAAAUAAUACCUACAUUUAUAUAAAUAGAAACUGUAGUACAGUAUUUCAUAAACCCUCUUUCAUUCUUAAACCUCACCAAACCCAAUCAAACAUAACAUAGCGAAAAUCAAAGAACCGCCGCGCUAAAACGUCCUCUUUAAUUAAUCCCAGAAGAAGAAGAAGAAGAAAUUCCAACUAACCGUCUAAGAUGUACUUCAGAUUUCGACGGCUGCAUCGUGUUUCCCAAGUUUUUCCGAGGAUUUAUCCCGCUGCCUUUUACCAGUCCUCUACAACGGGCAUCGAUGUUUUAACCGACGGCGGCGGCGCUGCAGCUUCAUUAUGCAAGGGGUUUGGUUUAGCUGGCCUUCAUUGGCAGAGGUAUUCAACUCGAUCAAGGAGGAAAGAUAAGGCGGUCAACACUUUGUCCUUUAUUCGGUCUUUGCUUCAUCAGCCUAGAGGACCUUCUCACUUCUGGUUGAAUACGGCUCCAGGAAGGGAAAAUAUGAUUAAGGGAGAUGGGGUUUUCCUAGUUGUUGUUGUUCGAUAUAAUGGAGGAUCAUUUGAAGCUAAUCAAAAUACUACCAAAAUGAUUGAAAAGGCAAAAUCACUUCAGCAGAGAUAUCCUCACCUUCAAGUUAUUGCUUUGCAACUCUGUCCAUCAGUAUGUCUGGAUGAUAUUUCUUCACAUCUUUGGAAAAUCACCAAGGAUUACAUUACUUUUCCUAUCUUGUUGUCAAACAAGAAUAUUCCUGAGGAGACAAAUGUCCCCUGCUUCUUAUUGUCAAAAGGUUUUCAGAAUCCAACAAUGUACCCUGGAAAGGAUGUGGAUCUUAUGGUUCUUCACAAAGCUAUUAAUGAUUUCAAUGCUGAUAUUAGCAAGGACACUAAUGUCGUUGAUGUGAAAAGCACUUGGAACAAGCCCAUUGAAGUUUUUAAGGAACCAGAUGUUUGUUCUGCUUCGCGGAACUUAUUAUUUUCCUUCCCAGCAUGCAUUUCAGCUGAUGCGGGUGGCAAUCGGCUAUUCCUUUCUGAUGUUAAUCAUCACAGGAUUAUUGUGCUCAACAGCAAUGGAAAUAUUUUGGAUGCGAUUGGUUCUUCUCCUGGUUUUGAAGAUGGAGAGUUUGAAAUGGCAAAGUUGAUGAGACCGGCAGCUUCUUUCUAUGAUUCUUCUGAAGAUUGCCUAUAUUUCGUGGAUUCUGAGAAUCAUGCCAUCAGGAGGGCUGAUAUGGAGGCUAGGGUUGUGGAGACUGUUUUUCCAGUAAGUGGUGGUAGUCAGAAGAAGGGUUUGUGGGAGUGGAUUGUAGAUAAGAUAUGGAGUAAAAGGAGUAUAAAGAUGAAGUCGGAAGAGUAUGAUCCUGCAUCACUCUUGUUCCCUUGGCAUCUUCUAAAGUCAUCAGAAAAUGAUAUAUUUGUACUCAAUCAAAGCUUUGGAACUCUGUGGAUUGUAGAUUUGAAAUCAGGGCUUAUCAGAGAUGUUAUAGAAGAAUCUUCAAAAAUUUUGGAGAUUUGUGGGCAGAUGAUUCUUGAGAAAUGUGAGCCACUGCAGCAGUUGCCUGCGCAUUGGUUGAAGCAGCAAGUUGAUACAAAUUGUUCGCUGGAGGAAAUCCAAUAUGGCGGUCUAAUGUCAUCAGUUACCUCUUAUCAGGAUGAUGUAGUAUUCUAUGAUGAAGUUGGCCAGAGAGUGGUUAAAUUCAACGAAGGAUCUGGAUCAGCCACUCCCUUGUCUUUGUCGAACUUUGAGAACCUUGGACUUCCUUAUUGGCUCACAUCAUCUAUUGAGAAGAUAUAUUCUGUAGAUAGUCAACCAGAAGUAGACCUAGAUCAUUCAGAGUGUUUCCGCCUGUUGCCAGGGAGAGUUGACAUAGAGUUGAUCGUUGAUAUUCCUGAAUACGCUGAUCUAAUAGAGCAACCGCAACAAGGAUGCAUAUGGUGUCAGGCUAGAGGGGCAGCAUCUGAAAUCUCAAGGGUAGAGAGACAAACUGUGCCGUCACAGAAGGUGAGUGCGACGCAAAAGUUUUAUGAUGACCUUGAUAGCCUUAUCUUUACAACACCUGGAGAAGAAUCAGCUACAGAAGCAGAAAGCCAGCCCUCUGGCGAGGAGUUGCAAGAAGGUAGAGUCCGCAUUGGUUGCACAAUCAACACUAGUCCCGGAACAAGUGAGGCUGUUAUUUACGCUGCACUGUACUUGAGGCUGAAGAAGAAUUUGAAUUCUCAAGGCGAUAGCCAAGAGAUCAAAGCAGUGAAGAUAGCCGACAUUUUGGAGCCCAAGAGGAAAUCUAGCAGAGACAUGCUCAUUAAGCUCCUGAUGAUGUCGGAGAGAGAGUUGGAAGACGUCGUUUUUAUGAGACCUCUUAACGUCAGGCUCAAGUUCAACUGCGACCUCCACCCUAAAGGAGAGCACUCGAAGGAAAUAGUUGUAACCGAUUCAACUGUGGAAGCUCGCGUUACCCUUAAGUAACCGGAUUUCAAGUUUAUCGUCUCGUUUCUGAGGUGAGGGUGGUGGUGGUGACGUUUCAAUAAGGCUGCAUCUAUAAUGAUUUCAUCAUCUUCUUCACCAUUUACUUAAAUUAUUUGUCACAAUUAUCUGGGUUUAUUUGAAUUCCCCAAAAAAAUUAAUUUCAAGCUCGAAUAAGCUCCGGUGAUUUUGCGUA